CACCGGGGCUUGGCCUGCUCGGCCGGCGCCCGCGCGCACGCGCAUGGGGGUCAGUCAACACAGACGCAUGCUCGUCCGUAGCUCGUACUAUCGCUUGCUUUGCUUCGAUACGCGAUGCCUGGGAUUCUGGAAGUGCUGCCCACCCCCAGCAAGCAGGCACAGGACCACGGCGUCCGUCCGCUCCCGGCAACGGACAUGGCGGAACUGCCACCAGGCACAGACACCACCUCCUUCACGGCAGUCGCAAAGUAUAAAGUCCCAACCAGCGCCCAACUCUUGCCCUCCCUUGGACCCGCGAUCCGAGAGACUUUUUUUGCAAUUUUUUCUUCUUUUCACUAGGCACGCCCAAGGAGUGGAAUGCAUGUCUUAUCAGAUCCAAACCCAUCCUUGACGCUGCCAUUGACCUCGAUUUUACUUGCGACGUCGUUGUUGUCGUCGUUGCCGUAACCUCCUCCGGUUUAGGACACCGCUACCCACAGGUAUUCUUUGCGACUUACACCGCCCGCCGCCUUCAGCGACCUUGACGUCUUGUCUUGGCAACCAACCAACCCCCAUCCAUCUGCUUGGACUUGCUCAUCGUGCUUGUCGCCUGCUCGCCCCUUCCGAGAUUAAAGAAGCGAAAACAAGAAAACCAAAAAGAAAGACAACCGCCAACAAUUACCAACAGGUGGUGCGACGAAACGGAAUACCUAGCCACACUCAACUACGGCGGCGACCCGACUCGAAAGCAGCCCCGUCGCCGCAACAACCGCUCCUCGUCCCCCCGUCCAGCGGAGGGAGUCAUUGCGAUAAGAGCCGACUAUUCACCAUGACCUCGUAUCUCAUCAUCGGCGCGGGCAACUUUGGCGCCGCGACGGCGCUUACGCUUGCCCGGCGCGGCGAAGCGUCCAGGAUCGUUCUCGUGGACACGGCCGCGUUCCCGAACCCGCGAGCGGCCUCGCACGAUGUCAACAAGAUUGUGCGCGACGACUACCCAGACAAGCUCUACAUGCGCAUGCUCAUCAAGGCCAUGCCGAAGUGGCGGACAGACAGCCUGUAUAGCCCGUACUACCACGAGGUUGGCAUGCUGAGGGCGGAUUCGUCCAACUUUGGUGAGGAGAGCAUGGCGGCAUACAGGGACAUGGGUGUUGCCAACGACUCCGAGUUCCUCCCCGUCGACGAGGUGCGGCGACGCUGGAACGGCGCCUUCGCCACGGCCAACUUUGACGGGCUCGACAAGGUGCUCUACAACCCCACUGUGGGGUUUGCGGAGGCUGACAAGGCGCUCGGGGCCGUGGUGCAGGAGGCGGUUGACGAGGGGGUCGAGUACGUCCUCGGGGUGAUGAAGCACCUCAACUUUGGGUCCAAUGGGGCGUGCACGGGCAUCACGCUGGAGACGGGCGAGGUGCUGCAGGCUGACAAGAUCCUGCUGGCAACUGGGGCUCGAACGGCGGCACUGCUGGCGCAGAGCGCGCCGGACAACAAGCAGAUGCAUGCCGGCGAGCGGGUGGUGGCGACGGGAGCCGUCAGCUUCUACGCGAAGCUCUACGGCGAGCAGAAGGACAGGUUUGCGUCAAUCCCGGUGCUCAAGAACUGCCUCCCGCAGGUCAAAGGCGAGGGCAUGUCGAUUCUCCGCGACGGCACCAUCAAGUUCAAUUGCGACAUGUGCUUCACCAACUACGUCACUUGCCCGCAGACCGGUCAACGCAUGUCGGUGGCGCCAGACCAAAACGUCUUCAACGUGUGGACGGGCCCCAAGUUCAUCAACUUCUUCCAGGAGCGCGCCCGCCGCACCAUCGACGGCCUCUACGGCAAGGAAGUGGAGGACAUUGCCAUUGACGCCUAUCGGAUGUGCUGGUACGUCACGAGCCCGCUGCUGCUGCUGCUGCUGCUGCUACUGCCACGGGCUGCAGCCAGCCCUCUUCCUCACCGAGUCCCCCCUUUCCCCCGCGCUGGCCUGGCCUGGCCUGGCCCAGCCCGGCCCCCUUUCCCUUUCCCUUUCCUAUCCCAUCCCAUCCCAUCCUAUCCUAUCCCGCCAUGUCUGCCCAACAUGCCACCCACGCACGCACGCACGCUGGCCGGGCUGAGGCCAGGACCAAUCGAAUCGGCGACGCUGACAUGUUCGCGCGGCGGGCUUGAUAGGGACGCAUCGACCCCGACACACGAUUUCCUCAUCACGCAGCAUCCGCACUGCCAAGGCCUCUACGUGGCCACGGGCGGCUCGUUCCACGGCUGGAAGUUCCUGCCUGUGAUUGGAGACUACGUCGCCGACAUGAUGCAGGGCAGCCUGGACGCAGACUACGCAGACCGUUGGGCAUGGGACAAGAAGGGCGGUGAUGGCCACUCCGCCAACCCAACGUACCAGGUUGUCGGAGACCUGCAGGACUGGAUCUCGUGACCCCCGGUCCUGUUCUUCGAGUUGUUGAUGUUGUUGCCGUUGUUGCGGCUUGCCUGGCGCUCUUCCGCUCACGUGGCGCCGGUAAAGAUUCACAUUACCCAGCCAUGUCAAGCAAGCCACCAAUGACUGGCAACCAAGAGAGAGCGAGAGGGGAUGUGGGCCGAUGACGCCAUGAAAAAACCAUGAAAAUGAAGCAUCCAAAAAAAAGAAGAGAGAAAGACCCUGAUCAGACAGGGACUGGUUCCGACUGUGCAAACGGGGUCAGGAGUUAUUUGCUGGUUGCCUCUUUCGACUCAACCUUUUAUCAUUUUCUUUCCUUACUUGGGUUACUUUUGCUCUCCCCCUCCGGCAUUUACAUUUCGCAGUUUCACGACGACCCUCCGCCUUUUGAUAUUCCUUCUCUUGGUUUAAUCAAGAGCAUCCUUACAUCUUCUUCGUUCCCAUUUCUUUCAGUCGAUUUUCUACGGAGUUGUGCGAUCGCCGAGCAUUUCACGGGAUGGGGUGUUUUGAUAGACAUUUCGAGAAGGCCGAGGCUGGAGGACAGACAGCAGGGGGGUAGGGCUGACAAGGCGGGCCUGGGCUUGAACGAGCUGUGGGAGGGAGGGCUUUCUCUCUCUCCCUCUCUCUCCCUCUCUCUCUC